AUGGCUCCUCCUCCUCCCUCCCCCUCCCCCUCCCCAGCCCUGCCGGCGACCGCUCAGGCGCCGCCAGCCACCUUCACCUCGCCGGCCUCAGGUAAGGACGCCGCCUCCUCCCCCUCCGCCCUCUCCCCAGACGCCGAGCCCUUCUUCCCAGGGGCACGGUCGGCGGGAAGGGGCAAGUCGCAGCGGUGGGAGAUGGACUCCUACGACUCCGACACCGACUUCGACUACAGCUCGCCGGAGGCUGCCUCAUACCUCGACGUGGCACGCCGGGGGUGCGAGGCCGUCUCGACGGGUCGCGCGGGUGCGCAGCCUGACAGCCAAGGCCCGGGGGAGACCGCGGCCGAGGCGAGUCACUGCGCACCCACCAAGACGCAGAGCCGCCGUCGCGCCAGAGCAGCGGCUCGGCGGGGGACGGGCAGAGCCACGGCGACGCAGCGGGUCCCGGCGACGCAGAGGAUCGGCCCUCAGGCAGCGGAGAGGGUCCCCGCCCAUCGGCGGCUGGGGCCCCAGAGACGAGCCACCCCGCCGGACGCCAAUGGCUGGCAGAAGGUGCUCCUGCGCGACGAGGGCCGUCCUCCGCCAAGAGCGUCGCAAAGACAGUCCCAGUCCCAGCCCGGCCACCGCAUCCCACCGGAAUUCGCUGGUCGCUGCCUCAACUGCCUCUCCCAUGAUCCUGUGGUGGCUACGCCCUCGCCCGAUCAAAAAGCGGAAAGCGCCCAGCAGCGCGCGGCAAGUCUCAAGCGCCCUAGGCAAGCUAAGAGACAAGAAGCAACACCAACCCGGCCAGAGAUUGCCAAAAGGCGACAACCGCUCGCCGCCACCAAGAUGAGAACGCACUGGGAUAUUGCUCCCCACCCGACCCACGGUAGAAGAUUAGAUGCCCAGGAGGCGGUAGCCACCGAUGAGCAGCUCGGGACAAGCGGCCACCAAUCACCCGAUUCCAGGGCGGAAAUACCGGAGGCGGCGGCCGACGACGUCACAACUGAAGCGGACGGCGGGGACCGGACAGCAACGGCAGAUGAAGCGAUAGCGAUCCCGCAACCGGUACAGAUUCAAAUCAAAGCCGUUUCUGGGGACCCAGUGGUGGACGACAUCGACGAUGGUCCGUUGGCAGCAGAAGAAGCAGCCAAGGCAAAGGACGCCGCCACGUCAACACAGGGGGACCGGACACAGGCGGAGGGUGGGCCGGACAAAAGCCCGCUGUCGCCGACCCAUGAAGGAGAGCACCUCGGCCCAACGCCCACCCGCCCCAUGAGGCCUGUGGAGGCGGUCCAGCCGCCGAAAGCGAUUGAUGCCAAUCGUUCAAUAGCCCACCAAUCGCCGCCAUGGGACGGGACGGUGCCGGACGGGGAACAGGGGGCUAUAACGCCACCGGUCAACAGGCCGGAGCGCACUACACCAUCGCCGCCGAAGGACACGGCAUCGGCGCAGCGAAGGUUCAAGUCGUUCACGGUGAAGGUCAAGAGGCCCAAAGCUGCGGGCGCCAUCAAGCGCCCAUCACUGCAUAAGGCGGCGAAAUGCCCGAGAAAAGGCCGACGCUGGCCGGAGGAUCGCGCAGUAGUCUGUCGCGGAUUCCGGCGUCAAGCGUGGGGAGUAUUUGGUGCUCAAACGCCUUUGGGCACGCUUCCCCACUCUCCGCAUCCAUCGCCAGAACAAAUUGACGCUUUUGUUCGAAACAACCCGGAGGACGACGAGGCGCUUCAGGAACUAUUCGGACGAUGGCCACAUCGCAUGCCGCAGGAGGCGCGCCGUCGGCGCUGGCUUAAAAAUUUCGCUUCGAUGGCCGACAACAACAAUGGAUAA